AUGGGCUCAUGCGUUUCGGUUCAGAACGACCCGGAGUCCGCGGCCGUGGACCUCCAUUUAUCAGACGGGCCGAAGAACGAGAAGCUCUCGACGGCGUCCGCCGUCAAACAAGAGGUCGAUUCGGUCGGCGGUGGUGAUCAUACCGUUGAUGACUUGGCAGCCAAGUCUGGAUUCUCAUCUCGUUCUCGCGGCGCUGUCAGCAAAGAUGAACCAUUUUUUGACUCUCAACCUUGGCUUGAGUCGGACUGUGAAGAUGACUUUUUGAGUGUCAAUGGUGAUUUCACUCCGUCUCGCGGAAGUACUCCCGUGCACCACAAAUUCUUCAUAGGCAAUGCAACGGUAAAUAAUGCCUCCUUGAUGGGAAAGGAAAUCGAUUAUGUAACCGAAGCAUUCAAUCCAGACAAAAAGAAGAGACUCUCGGAACUGUUUAAAGAGAGCCUACGCCGCCAGGACUACGUGAACGAGGAAAAUGAAACAGACCUCGAAAAUAUGAAAGCCAAAGUCACCAAUAUGCUGGCCCAACACGAGACAAUCAAAAGUGUUGAAGCUAAAUCUAUGGUUGAAAAAACUCCAAAUAAAUUGAUGAUAGCUGAUGAAGAGUCGGUUAAGGCUAUACAAUGUUGCCUUCCGAGUUUUGGUGAUGGGAAAAGGAAGACGAGCCCAAUUUUAGUUAACGGCUAA